UAUAACAGCCGAUAGCAGGAGAGAAGAGGGAGGAAAAUCGAGUGUGUUGUAUUGAAUUGGUUGUGAGUCGUGAGUGUUAGUACUGGUUAGUACUGUGAGUGCGCGUGUGUUUGCCUUCACCCGAGCCAGCAGCACCACAAUCCGACGAAAGACGUGAGAGAAAAAAAGUUAGCGUGCAACAUCAACGACAAACCAAAGAGCACGAUCACUCGGACUUCUAUCAAUUCUUGCAAAUGGAUCCCGUACCUAAAAAUAACGACUGUUACUUUUUCUACUAUUCUACGUGCACAAAGGGUGACAAUUGUGCGUUUAGACAUGAACCAUCCGCGCUGGGCUGCGAGGUCAUGUGUCAGUAUUGGCAGCAGGGCAACUGUCUCAAUGAGCACUGCAACUUUAGACACAUGGAACUGAAGAAAAAUCGCAAGUCGAUUCCUUGCUUCUGGGAGUCACAACGAGGUGGUUGCAAAAAGCCUCAUUGUCCAUUUCUGCACACGGGUGGUCGUGCAGCACCAAAUCCUGAUCAGGCGAAUCAAAUAAAGACAGCGGAAGUAACUUCGAAGCCAGUCACCCAAGAAUGGUCGAAUCGUCCAGAUGACGGAAAGUACGACGGAAGCGGCACCGAAUCUGACCAAGGUCGGGGCAGCAGUGAGGCAGGGAGUUUCAUUGGCAGUCCAGCUGUCGAUCCUCUUAUCGUCAACUUUGACGAAGAGUCUGACAGCGAAAGUGCACCCUCGCCAGUUAAGGCCCACACGGCGAGAGUACCUUAUUGCAAGACUUACGAGGAGAUCAGACUGGAGGAAAUACAGGCUGAGAGUGCGGCAUACUAUUCUUACGAGCCAGACGAUUAUCUCGGGAAUGCAGGGGGCGGCAAAGAGAAGCGAAUCACUUCGGUUCGUGCUGCUCGUCGUACGGUAUCGUUGUAUUCUCGUGAGAGGUCCGCCGGAACCGGAACGACCGGAAAGCCGACAGUAGCACCAGGUGAAGCCGAGAAACCAACGGACUUUACGAUCCUGACCCUGGAAGAAAUCCGACGACGCAAGGCUGCCGCACAAGCACGCACCGAAUCGAGCAGGGACGCAUCUUCGACGAACGAUAAUCCGGAAAUACGUAAAGCUCCACAGCGACGAAAACGGCUACUGGAAGAACAAACGACGGUGAGAGAAUCAGCCGAUUUUCUGAAAGAUGCUAUUAAAACAUUGGCCGAAUUGAAAGCAACGAGUCAAGAAGACAAAGUAGCACCAGUGGAAACGAGGAAACGGAAAUUAGAAAAUUCGAAAUCGGACACCAGCGAGGACGAGAAAAACAAGACUGAAACGAGCUGCAGCACCAGUAGCAAAGUUCCCAAAGUUCCGCCGGUAAGAUUGCGUCGUUCCCCAAAGCGUUUCGUUCGCUCUUACGAAACGACGACGAACGCCGCGAUGUCCGACGAAUCGAUUAAUCCCGCUGACGUCCAAUCGGACAAUACGCGCAACGAUGAAAUUGAAGUAAGACUUUGUGACAGCAGUACCUCGGAUGACGUUCAAACCGUCGUUGAAUCGAGUGGAACCAUCGCACAAGAAAACGACGUAAAUUCGCUGAUAAACGUAAACACGGAAGAUCUCAAACUCGAACAAUUGUGCGAUACGAAUUUAAGCUCGAACGACGACGAUUUUCUUACUGCUGUAGAUCCAGUCUCGGAAGAUAUUCUCAAGGAUAUUGAUGCUCUCCUCACGGAAAAAUCCACUGUUUGAACAGUUCGAUUUUUUUUAUUGUCCUUUGUUUUCUUGUUAUCUUCCUUCUCUUAUUUACAACGAAGUUCAAUCUUUCGUAGUAUUCUGAGGCAUGUGAGAUAACGUGACUGAGAUGAAAAUCGAGAAUAAUUUGACUUCGUCGUGUUUGACGAGAUCUCAAUGCUGUCGAACCGAUUCUUUACAAGCAAUAACGACGAAUCGCACGCGUAUUUUCCGGAACAUUCGUCUCCAAAUCAUUGAUUUUCUUCACCACCUCUGUCGCAACUUCUUGAAGAAUCUUCAGCUUCACGCGGAAUUCAGGAACGUUAAGAUUCGAGAUAAAGAAAUCGUCGGUUCCCAAACCGUUGCUGGGGAAUUGGGGAAGAACAGUUUCUCCAAAUUGGUCAUCGUUUGAGGCAUUUCCGAAAUUAUAUCCACGCACGUAGGUAUCCGAUCGCACGAGUGAAGGACUCGUUUUUUGAACGGCCUGCUCCUUUUUUUCAUCGCUCGGGAAAUUUUUGCCUGCACUAUCCGCAGUGUCAUCAAUCUUAAUCGGUAAUGGACUCGCCGUGACAACUUGCUCGUUCGGUGAAUCUUGCAAGUUAUCCGGGGCCGGUUUGUCGAGUGUUCGUAACCUCGCCAGGUUGCCGCCAUUUCCGCCGUGCUCGUUAUUCAUUUUCGGAGUGUCUGGCGUGAUCACCAUUAUUCCAACGGAGGGCGUUUUUAUAUUUUCACUCGAAUCCGCGAAAACGGAAUAGUGAAUUUAUAACUUCCGUAGUCGCCCUGAUUACUUCCUCGUAAGUUAGAGGCGUUAAAAUUGGUACCACAUUUCGGUCGUUAAUCGGUGCUACGAAGCGCCGCAGAAAAUUCACGAAUUCCGUUUUAAAAUAUUUGACGUUCAUUUUGAAAGAACGUAUAGGUAAGCUAUCAACUGCGUUGUUUGACGACGAAGCUCGUUGUUAUUCAUCACGAUCCCGGAAAGCUCAUGACUCGAAUUUGUAAAUAAAAUGGUAGAGGUGCGAAGCUGAGAUCGAGAGAUUAGAAAAAAAGAGUAAAAAAAACUAAUCAAAUCGAACGCGCAACGAUCGACGACCAAUGUGUAUAAUAUCGGUAAAAAGUGUUGAUAUUAAUUCCGAAGCGAUGAUGACUGUCAUUACUUUCGUUUUUGUAAUGACGAAAAAUAGCAAAUAGAAAAAAAAUGAAUAUAUUCUAUUGUUUAAUGUAAAAGUCGAGUGAGGAUAUCGAGAAUUACACGAGCCUCGGUAAGCCACAAUCCCGUCCAUGAAGGAAAGUCCGGGAUUUUCUCCUCCGUGAGUAAAGCGUCGACAGGAAUAUAUGAUCAACGACCGAUUAGGAAUCCCACGAGCAAAAUCCUUUCAUCGUCCGUUAGCACGAUUCGAUAAAUGUAUAAACAACCCACGAAUUGGGACGAGUUAAUACAGCUUAUUUUCCGCAGCUACGAACGAAAUCAUCGAGGUAAUUAGACCAGAGUGUUUCGUUGUUUGCGAAUUUUACGAAAAAGAUCCUUGUAAUUCCUGAUUUUAGACGAUUCGUAAUACCUGGAAAUAUUACGAAUUCAUUGAUAAUCUAAACUCAGAGUCGUUCACGAUUAAUUCAUCACCCCUUAAUAAUUAGGUAGUUCAAAAUCUUCAUCAAAAUCACUAUUAAUUCCCAACGACGCUGAAAAUGCCUUUUUAACGAGAAUAAUGUACGAAAAAAUGAAUUAAAAAACUAUAGUGCAACUGCGAUCGGGCUUCGAGGAGCCCCCUCGUUCGAUAACAUCUACAAAAACGAAUUAUUGUUCGGCGAAAUAUACAAUUGUUACAGUUUUUCGAA